CGUGACCCAGAUACUGUACACAGAUCUUAGAGGAAACGAGACAGAUCUCAAACUAAAUUGUGGGAAAAUUACUGGUUUUGGUGGCAGGCCGAGGGCCCAGUUGUGUCGUCAUUCACGUCUGGAAGAAGGGUUCCGUGCCCGGUCUGGCGAUUUUCGUUCCUGACCUCUGAGGAUGGCGGAGUGGAUUCAGGCCUUCCAGUCUCAACUGUUGGUUGCGUUCCUUCUUCUACAUGCGAUAGUGGAAAUCGAAACAGCCAAUGUGAGCUGUGAAACCAGUCCUCACCAUUGCUCGUCAAACAGCCGGUGUUUGGCGCAAACUCAUGGUCUCACAUGUCAGUGUGAACAUGGUUUCUCUGGACCAACAUGCACAAGUUGGCAUGGCAACUCUGACCAGUGUCAGGGUAACGAGUACAUUGUGGUGUUGCCAGGCUACUCGGUGUACGCCGAGAAGAGAACGGCAGAGCAGGCGACGGCGGAAUGCUCCGCUUACGGACUCUACUUGCCGCCGAGCAAAAGCGUGUGUCUCCUCUCCGCACUUGCUGUCUUCGCUCGAAAAGGCAAUCAUGAAAGAUUCUUCAUGAACAGUGGCAGGACUCUGGUUGACUAUCAAGGUGAAACCAGCAUACCUGGUUCACUAGACAAAGGACGGUUUGUCUGUUCUGCUGACAUCUCCAAAAAGAAAAUCGUCUCUACCAUCUGUAAUGAUGUAAUGUACUAUGUUCCCAGAAUGGCCUCUUCAACUUUGCCAUCUGCCACACAAUGGACCACUGCUAAUACAGCUUGCCAAGGUGGUCUUGUAGUGGCUUCCGAGUUGUCACCAUGUGGUAUUUCGUUUGCGAAAAAAGUGAACACUUUGUUUGGAGUGGAUGCAUCUGAGAUCUGGUCAUCUCAGCGGGAUGUGUCCAUCGAUCUCGCAGCUUUUGUUGGAGAGACACCAACUACACAAAGUAACUCUUCAUCUAGUGUUACUUUCCUACCACUGUGUCAAGAAUCUUGGUGUAGCCAACCCACACUUUUAAAUGGCCAGGCAACAGUCACUUCUCGGAUAGCACAAUUCAAGUGCAGCAGUGGGUUUAGAUUGGUUGGCUUGCCAUUUUCGGUGUGUGCCAAUCAGACAUGGAUGUUCAAGAGAGCAUGUAUCCCUCUAAAACAAGGCGAACUGCCAGGUCCCAAGAUUUCCCUUCAUCUAUAUCCGCCAGCUUCCCAUCAGGAUGUAUGCAAGGGAACCUCUCACGGCUGUCACGAAGAUGCACUGUGCUUGAACACGCACAGCACUUUUACUUGCACUUGUCUUCCAGGAUUCACCGGUAAUGGAAGGCACUGCCAAGCUUGCACACCUCCACUCCUGGAGACUAGACCAGCAGGAUAUGCAGGAAUUGCUAAGAACGGAACAACAAUCUGCCAGAAAGGAUGGCUUCCAGAAACCUCAAAGCCAGCAACAUGCUCAGAGAGUGGUAUCUUGCAACCGACUAAAUGCAUAUCUGCAUCCCAGUACCACAGGAAUAAUGGCUAUGUUGUUAUACCAACAAUCCCGUUUUCCCGCGACCUGCUGAGGAUGAGUCACUACAAUUCCACCAAACACUGCAUAGAUACCUACGGGUAUGAGGCAAGGCUAUUGGACUUUCAAAAUGCUUUUGAAGUGGAGACUCUCUCCGUUGUGCUCGGGAAACUUGGACUUGGAGCUGCAGCCACCAACGACCUAUUCAUCUGGUCUCGACAAUCCGAUGUAUUGUCUUUAGAUGGACAUGCUUUUGGGACUCAUUACGCCUUUGAGGUGAAGGGCAGCCAGCUGGGACGCAGUCAGGCCAGGAGCAGUUUGGAGGAGCUUCCAUUUGCCUGCUUAGCCA